AUGUCAGGCGGGUCUCAAGUGUUUAUUUCUUUUUAUUUCACUGCAUUAGUUUCGUCAAUAUACAUUCCUUCUGACGAAGUUAAAAUUGAAAUUAAAAACAAAGUUAUAAAGGUCUUUCCAAACGUAGAUAAAUUUUCAAUUGACCAGCUUGUUUAUGUACUCGCCUUGAUCUGGAACAUUGAGACAGGAAAAUGUGAUUCUCCGAGCCUACAAAAUGAUCCGUAUGUUAAACUGAAGGUGGAACCCUCCUUUUUCAAAGCACGAUUACCCCGAGUGAACUAUUAUAAUCCUUUUUAUGAUGAUCAGCAAUUCAAAGAAGCAGUUUCUUUUGUAAAAGAAAAGAUCAAAAAUAAUAUUGGAGACAUAGUUGUGCUUGCCGGAGUUUCAGGUGGUGGAAAAACAUCGACAAUGUUUGGAAUAGCUAUGCAACGUUGGUCAAUAUAUAUUGAAUUUUCUCCCGGCACAGGAACGUAUGGCAACCAUGUAGGGAAAGAGCUUGAAACAAUCAAAGAUGAACAACCAAAAUUUGAACGGCAUGAUCAGCAACGUCAUGUAUUUCGCAUGCUGGAUGGGCUUCGAACAAAUGAUUCUAAGAUCCGAACGAAAUUGGCUCGUGAAAAUUAUGAUACUUUUAAUGUUAAUGCACUUAUUGAAAGUAUCAAUGAUUGUCUCAACGUAGAGUCUUUAACCUUAAUAUUUGAUGAGGCGCAAGUCCUAUGUAGAUCUGAAUAUGGAGAAUACAAAGGAAGCUCAGUUCCAAAUAACAAAUGGAAUCUCUUGCAGGCUUACAUUGAACAUCUUACCAAUCUUCCCGUUACCUGCCUUCUUGCCGGUACUUACAUGCAUAUGUCAAGCGGAAUUUCUUUUGUUACUAGUGUUGGAAAAAAACGAGAUUUAAAGAAUUAUAUUGUGCUAAAGCUUCCUUUCCUUUUAUAUAAUGAUAUCCUGCAGAGUCUCAAUGCUGUAAUUGACCUGACAGAUGUUUCCCUCAAAAUUCUUAACUUAUUGGGAUGUCUUCUCAAGGGACGGCCUCGAAACUGUGUAUCAUUUGUUAGGCUUUUGAUAUUAGAGUGGAUUUCAGUUAAUAGAACAAAAGACCAAAAAAACCAAGAAAUUAUUAAACUUCUUGAGAAGUGGUAUAAAAUGAUUUGCGAGGAUAUGGCAGAUUAUUUGGAAAAUGCGUGUAAAUAUUUGGAUGCUAAUAACCUCAAUCCAGAUAGAGCAAUUAUAGAUGUUCUUAGGCUUCGUGUUUUUUACAAUCGAAAGUACGAAUCAGCCAUAAAGCUUCUUCAACACAGCAUCAUUCCUUGCAAGUCACCAGAAUGCAUCACUCUUGGACCUAGUAAACUUACUCCUGAUAUAAUCGAAAUCAACACAUCACUUGAAUCUUACCUUGUCUCCAGCAUAGAACUUUUUCUUAAAAACACAAGAAGAAAAACUUUGGUAGAGAUCUUUAUUGAUAAAAUUAUCAGGCUUGAUGGCAUUCUAUCAAUUGGUAAUGAAUUUGAUGCAAUCUUUAUUACAGUAAUCAUUCAAAAACGUGGGAUUAAUGCACGAGAGGAACUUAACAGGUGGAAAAAUGGUCAACAAUUUGACCUUUCUUCAUGGAUCACAUUCACGAUGAAAUUUGUAACAAUUUCAAAUCUAUCAAAAGCAGUUCCUAUAGCCAAAUAUGUUGAAGAUGAAACUUAUAGUUAUUACGCAAUCCAACCAGACACCUAUUCAGGAUCGGACUUGGUGAUUUCUCUUGUGGAUGAUAAGCAAAAUAUAGUACUGUUAUCAGCAAGCUGUACAGUUUCUGGAAGUCCUAUUAAGCGAGACAAGAUUAAAAAACAGUUAAUCAAGUCAUGUAUGAAAUUUCAGUAUAUGGAAUGCCCGAGAAGGAGAAAAAACUCUGAAAUUGUGGAAUUUUCUCCUUGUAAAAAAAGAACACGUCUCCAAACAGGUCUUGAUGUAAUUCCCGAUGAUACCACGGCCAAAGAGAAUGACUCAGAAGAGGAUGAGGGUGACUUAGAAGAGGAAGAUUAUGGACAAGAUUUAAACUUUGAUGAUGUAGAUUAUGAUUUGGACUAUACUAAAAACAUCAAGAAAUAUCGGAUAUCUAAUGUCUCUGAGCGUGCAGAGAAUCAUGAGAAAAUCAAAACCUCAACUGAGAAUCGAAAACAUAUUUAUGUUUCUGUGGAACUUCCUCAUAGAUGUAGUAAAAGACCAGAAUUAUUUCGGUUCAAUGAAUAUGGAGAUCUUGUGAUUAUUGUUGAUGAUUGUAAUAUGGAGCAUAUUUUUGGACCGGUCAUUAAGGAGCUAGUGGAUAGUCUUAGGUUCGUAUCUUUACACAAUAAGUUGGUAGUAAAUGCAUUCUAA